AUGCCUGUGAUCGGCCUUGGGACCUGGAAAUCCCCGCUUGGCAAGACGGGUGCAGCUGUCAAGGUGGCCCUCGAGAGCGGCUACCGUUGCUUGGACACUGCCAACGACUAUGCCAACGAGGCGGAGAUUGGCGAAGCUCUGCAGGACGUCUUUGCCAAGGGUGAUCUCAAGCGCUCGGACAUUUUCAUCCAGAGCAAGUUGUGGAACUCAAACCAUCGCCCUGAACAUGUGCGAGCCGAUCUCGAGGCCACUCUUCGUGACCUCCAGACCGAUUAUGUCGACUCCUUUGUCAUCCACUGGCCUCAGGUGUGCACCAUGUUUCCCAUCGAGGCCGACGGCAAAUACAGCAGUGACAACGAGUCGCACUACGUGGACACCUGGCACGCCAUGGAAGAGCUCGUGGAUGCCGGCCUCGUGCGCACCAUUGGCUUGUCAAACUUCAAUCGCCGUCAAGUGGCCGAGGUGCAGGCGGCUGCCCGAAAGUACCAGCCCACCAUCCUUCAAAAUGAAUGUCACCCAUACCUUCAAAACAAGGAUCUGAUUGAUUUUUGCCAGCGUACGGGCGUUCAAUUCCAAUCCUACUCGCCCCUGGGCUCCUAUGAUCGCCCCUGGGCGCAGCCCGGCGAACCCGAAUUGCUUGAGGAUCCUCGCCUGAAGGAAAUUGGUGCCCGUCAUGGCAACAAGACCACGGCUCAAGUUGUGCUGCGCUGGCACAUUCAGCGUGGCACGGCCGCCUGCCCCAAGUCGGUGACCCCGGCCCGCAUUGAGUCCAACUUCCAGGUCUUUGACUUUGAGCUCACCCCUGAAGACAUGGCAGUGCUUUCGGACAUGAACAUGGGCUGGCGCCACCUGUUGUGGGAUGCGACGGCCAUGCACCCGGAUUACCCCUUCAAGGAUGAUUUGCCUCAUGAUCACGUCGUGCCGGACGCGCCCAUGAAUACCUCACACUCCAGCCGCAACUAA